AUGCGAGUGCAAUUUAGUCAUUUAGUGCGCUCGCUGGCGACACGUCGUCAAUUCUCCCCGUGGCGCUUGUUAAAAAAAAAUAUAAGAGAGAAAAAGAAAAAUGAUGUGUCAUCCUCUUCGCGCGAGGCAGAUAUAAUCGCGCGAUAGUCGCGAUAACGCGCACUUGAUAGUUGAUACUGAACCCGGCACGAGAUGAAGAAGCGAGUCGUAAUAUUCGGUGGCACCGGCAACACCGGCCUCUGCUCUCUGAGAACCGCCGUGGAAAAAGGUUUGGAGGUGAGAGCUUUUGUAAGAGACAAGACCAAGAUUCCUAAGGAUCUUAGUAACAAAGUCGAAGCAAUUGUUGGAGAUGUCACUAAUGCGAAGGAGGUUGCGGAUGCAAUAGCUGGUAGAGAUCUCGUCGUGGUAGUACUUGGUACCAGAACUGACUUGAGCCCUACUACCGUGAUGUCUCAAGGCAUGAAGAACAUAGUAGAUGCCAUGAAAGCGCAUAAUGUUGAGCUGGUCUCCGUGUGCAUAUCAGCAUUUCUGUUCUUCAAACCUGAAGCAGUGCCUGCUAGAUUUAGAGAUUUGACCGAGGAUCAUCAGCGCAUGUUAGAUAUAAUCAAAUCGAGUGGCUUAAAGUGGGUGGCGAUAUUGCCACCGCACAUUGCAGACACACCAAAGUCCAAGUACACCGUCACAUUCGAUUCUUCGCCUGGAUCACGAGUGAUCUCCAAACACGACCUUGGUGCGUUUCUCGUCGAAUGUCUCGAGAAUCCCAAUUAUUACCAAAAGGUUUGCGGCAUCGCGAACGUGUCGUGAUGUGUGUGAAGGAAUGUAGAGAUGUAUAAAUAAUAAGAUGCAUGUAUUUCUUUUUCUAAGUGGAAAAAUAAAUAUGUAUAUAUUUUAUCUAAA